AGCUCCUAGAAUCAACUGUACAGCAGUAAAAUAAUAUUCUCAGUUGACUGGAUUGAAACCUUCAUCAUGUUUUCGAAAUAACAAUAUUAAUAAACUGUGAAACUUCCCCAUAAGAAAUAAUUGUUCAUUUAACUGUGCCGCUCCACUUUAAUCUUGGAAGGUAGAUGAUAACUCGUGUGCGAAGUCAUUCUACGUUAUAACGUACCUUUAUUAAAACAACAUCAUAGUCACUACACAUAUAGACAAAAACCCCUUUGAUUUUCAUUUUUGCAGAUGAAUCAAUUGCUGUGAAAUGGUAUUUUCGGACACAUGUUAAUGAUACAUAUAUAACAAGCAAGGUCACUAAUCUGAUACAUCGGAAUGGGAAGAUAUCUAUCUAUUAUGAGAACAUUCCUACGGAAAUCGAGGAUAGGCAGCUGUACAGCUAUAUUCAAACUGGAGAUUCUUGUGGAAAGACGAAGGAAGAUAUGCAAAUAAGGUCACCUGAGAUACGUGUCCCCAGUAAAUGGAUCAAAAGUGACACGCUAGUGGAGAUCGAACCAAUCGAGAGUAGUUGUUCAAAGCAUAGUUCUACUGACGAAUGCCAAAAUGCGACAACAUCAAAUAUGAGGUGUAUUUGGUGUGAAACAGCUAAUAUGUGCAUUAUUAGCAAUGAUGAAGAUACUCAUGAAUUGAAAGUAGAUGAUUGCCGUAUAAAAAACACGACCGUACACACACACGUGACUGAACACAACAAACACAAUAACACACUUCAUUACCUGUAUAUUGUGAUACCGAUUGUCGUCUCAUUCUGUGUUUUAUGUAUUGGAUGUUUUGUUGGUCGGUGGUUGUACAAGAGAAAGAGUAGUAAUUCAUGAUUCUCAGAAAGUUCAUAUCACUUGUUUUUAUUAAUUUGACCGAGUUGUUUUCAUUUCGUAAUUCAUCCAAUCACUUCACAUUAUGUUGUCCGUUUUCAUACGCUGAACGCUUUUCUUUAUGCAACUUUGAAUCAGUUUUAUGAUUCUUAACAUGAUAACUGAUGUACUUUUGUUGAUAAAAUAGUGAUAGUAGUUUUUACCAUUUACGUGGUUGUUUUAAUUUAAUAAAACUUGAAUAAUAUUGCAAGAGUUAUACAGGAUUUGAUUUGGGAAUUGGCAGUAUUCUGUUUACGACGCUUAGUGAUAAUUGCAAUCAACAAUUAUUCUGUUAUGAAUGUCUAUUUCGAUAAAGUCCUACUUCUAAAAAUAUCAUUUGAUAUUUACGACGGUCGUUGUUAUAAUCUGAGCUGUCAAAAUAUUGUACUGGUACUAAAUUAGACACUUCCAUCGUUCGUUACAUGACUAGUCACUAGUUAGUUAGUGCUGGAUGACAAACUAUAGUUAGUUAGAUAAGAUGACGAUUGAUUGUGAAAUAUGUCUGCAGAGUUGAAUGUAUACUCAAGUGAGAAUGAGUAAAAAUGUAUACUGACUGAGGUAGCAACAGUUUUACCAUAGGAUUAUCCAGUAAGAUAAUAGAGUUGAAAAACAAUCAUUACGAUAUUUAUGCCAGUUGACGAGCAUUUCGUUUUAAACAAUAUAUUCAGUAAUUAUUCUCAGUCACACGUAAUUUUGAGAA